AUCACCUCAGCAGCCGUCAUCUAGAUAAAACGGUGAAUCGCCGUGCGCCAUUGUUAACAAUACACUUUAUCACUCUGACAUCAGAAAGUUUCACAUUUCAAACACUCACCAACAAACAUUUGUCUAUAUAUUCAUUGUCUAGUUUGCCCGUUGUGUACUCAAGCCAAUGUCACUAGCCAAACUCCAACUUUCGCGACAAACCCCAUCUUGCACCUUAUCACCUCGAGCAGCCACUUCUCCAGCACAUCUUGAAGUACCUUUUGCUAUAAGAAGAUUAGUACACCAGCUGAGCCACAACCUGGCCGCCAAGGAUCCAGUUCCUACAACUCCAACAACUACUACUAUGGUCUUUGGAAAAGACAUCAUCGAUAAAAUGCGUGGCAAAAAGACUGAACUCGAACCUCAACCCAAAGUACCAGAAGGCGUAGACAUUGACCAAGACGUCGAAGACAUCAAAAACCAACUCCCACCUUUACCCUCACCCUUGCCCACACCCCACAAGGACUUCAUACACUGUGUACCGCCCAAUGCGCCUACAUACCGCAAAUUCAGCGUCUUCACCGCCGGCAGCAUAGAAAUGGGUAAUGCAGUCCAGUGGCAAAAGCACAUGGUCACCAUGCUAUCCCACCUCCCCAUCACAGUCUGCAACCCGCGCCGCGGCCACUGGAACCCCAACAUCACGCCGCAAGCGCGCGACAAGGAUUUCAAGGAUCAGGUCGAGUGGGAGCUCAGCGCGCUGGAGCAGGUCGAUGUGAUUUGCUUCUUCUUUGACGUCACGACAAAGAGUCCCGUUUCGCUGCUUGAACUGGGGCUGUGGGCUGGCUCGGGUAAAGUGGUCGUGUGCUGUGGAGAAGGGUACUGGAAGGGCGGGAAUGUGGAGCUGACAUGUGAUCGCUACGAUAUCCCCUUGGUUAAGUCGUUUGCCGAGCUGGUGCCUGCGGUGGAGAAGAUGCUGGCUGAGAAGGGCAUGGUGCUCGAUGCCAAGGGUGAUUUGGUGGGGGAGAACGUGCACGUUGACAAGGAGAAGCCUAAGAAGAAGGCGCAGCUUGAGGCUGAAAAGGAGUACUUGCAGAAGCAGAUUGAUGCGCUUCAGGCACAGCUGGCUGAAUCAAAGCUGUGAUCUUGGGGGGAUUUCCUUGUUUUCAUUUCUUAACUUGCUUUUCACUGCAUUCACGGUACGAGUCAAUUGGGCGGCGGGCUAUUUGAGUGCGUCUUAUCAAGGCGAUCAUGGGUGGCCUUUUCCAU